AUGUCGGAAAAUCGUAAAAUUCCGAAGCUACCAGUUGAAGGAAAGCGCAACAUCCUCAUCACCAGUGCUCUGCCUUACGUCAACAACGUUCCUCAUCUCGGCAACAUCAUUGGAUGUGUGCUGAGUGUCGAUGUGUUCGCUCGGUAUUGUCGGCUUCGGGAUUACAAUGCUAUUUACAUCUGCAGUACUGAUGAGUAUGGCACAGCAACAGAGACUAAAGCAUUGGAAGAGAAUUGUUCUCCCAAAGAGAUUUGUGACAAAUACCAUGCCAUUCAUAAGGAGGUAUAUGAUUGGUUCGAUAUAAGUUUUGAUGAAUUUGGGUGGACUUCUUCCCCUGAGCAAACUGAAGUUUGCCAGGCGAUUUUCAAAAAGAUACACGAAAACAAUUGGCUCUCUAAGGACACAUUACAACAGCUUUACUGCGAUACAUGCAAAAAGUUCUUAGCUGAUCGGCUUGUGGAGGGUACAUGCCCUAUUCCCGGAUGCGAGUAUGAUUUUGCUCGAGGAGACCAAUGUGAGAAGUGCGGAAACCUUCUAAAUCCGACAGAAUUGAAGAUUCCCAGGUGCAAGGUUUGUCGAAAUAGUCCUCGUAUUUGUGAUACAGACCACUUAUUUCUUGAGCUCCCUCUUUUGAAAGAUAAAUUAGAAAAAUACAUCAACGAGAUGUCUGUGGUUGGAUCAUGGAGUCAGAAUGCUAUUCAAACAACAAAUUCAUGGUUCAAAAUGGGAUUAAAGAAACGCUGUAUUACCAGAGAUCUGAAGUGGGGAGUACAUGUUCCACAUGAAAAAUACAGUGACAAGGUUUUCUAUGUUUGGUUUGAUGCACCUAUUGGAUAUGUAUCAAUCACGGCAAGCUACACACAUGAUUGGGAGAAAUGGUGGAAAAAUCCGGAGAAUGUGGAGUUAUUUCAGUUUAUGGGAAAGGACAACGUGCCAUUCCACACUGUAAUGUUUCCAUCUACUCUACUCGGGACUGAUCAAAAUUGGACUUUAAUGAAGACUAUUAGUGUUACUGAAUACCUGAAUUAUGAAGCAGGGAAGUUUUCUAAGAGCAAAGGCAUCGGGGUAUUUGGUAAUGAUGCAAAAGACACUAUUAUUCCAGUUGAAGUAUGGAGAUAUUACUUGCUCACAAAUAGGCCUGAGGUAUCGGAUACACUUUUUACGUGGUCUGACUUGCAAGCAAAAUUAAAUACUGAGUUGCUGAAUAAAUUGGGAAACUUUGUCAACAGAGUUUUGAGUUUUAUUGCCAAACCUGCAGGUCAAGGAUAUGAUUCCAUUAUUCCCACUGUUCCUGAUGAUGUAAGUGGUGACUCCCAUGAUCCAACCAAAAAAUUGGCCAGCAAAGUUGCUGCAUAUUUGGAGCAAUACAUAGAAGAAAUGGAGAAGGUUAAACUCAAGCAAGGAUUGAAAAUUGCAAUGAGCAUAUCGGGCGAGGGGAAUGCAUAUUUGCAGGAAACUGAAUUUUGGCGUCUUUACAAGCAAAACCAAUCUCUCUGCUCCCUUGUUAUGAAAACGGCUGCUGGGGUUGUAUAUCUUCUUGCUUGUUUAUUGGAACCUUUUAUGCCAUCUUUCAGUCUCGAGGUAUUCAAGCAGCUAAAUUUGUCUACGGAGAUACAUCUUUCACUUUCUGAUGAUAAGGGAGAUGUUGAUAGAGUAAGAAGACCUUGGGAUCUCCUGAGUGCCGGUCAUAAAAUUGGAACACCAAAGCCAUUGUUCAGGGAACUGAAAGAUGAAGAAGUGUAG